ACACGGACACACAGGGCUCGGCUCUACCUCGCUCGGCGGGAGUGUGAAGAGGAUCCAGCCCGUUAUUUCAAGGUUAUCUCCUGCAGGAGCCUCACUGCUCGGAUCCUAUGGGAAUUCUGAUAACCGCGAUCUUUGUCUGGGCUGCCGUCGGAGUGGGAAGCCGGCCAGUAACCUCACCCCUCAAUGAUGCAAAGGUUGAAUGUAUUAUUCAGGAGACACUGAAUGAAGAUGGGUCACAGCACGAGUGUGGCCCACAGCUAGCAGAGGAACUUGAUGAAGUCCAAAGACAUCAGGGUCUUCUCAGGGAGCUGCAGAAGCUGGCUGAUGACGAGAGAGAAAGGGAGCACGAUGAUGAAAGGGAGCACGAUGAUGAGAGGGAGCGAUAUGAAUACAACCUGGCCGACGAUGAGAGCGACUUUGAGCAGAGGGACGAGGAGGAGAAGGACGAGAAGGACGUGAGCGACACGGGAAAAAAGACCGAAGGAAAAGAAGACGAGGAGACGGAGGAGGAUGACACCAAGGACAAGAUGACGGAGGAGCCACGGAUUGAAGACAGAGGGAGGGAUGAUGAAGAGGAGAGAGCCAAGGAGCUGGAGGAGCUGCUGGCCGAAGAGAUCACCAAGAAAGGAAAGGAGGAAAGGAACGAUGAAGAGCUCAAAGAACUGCUGAAAGAGCUGAAAAAGAAGCGGUACGAGGCGGUGAAGGAGAGGGAGGUCCAGAAAGGCUCCGGGAGUGAGCAGAAGAAGGAGGAGGUGGAGGAGAAGAAAAAAAAGCAGGACAAGAAGAAGGAGGGAGAAAAGGUGGAGGACUUGGAGAAGCAGAGGAUCGAGGAGAGGAGGAAGAACGAG